AUGGAUGCAGUGGAUGUGAUAAGAGCCACAGGGAUGCAACAGGAACCUAUCGGAGUGAAGGUAACGAGAGGUCGUUGCGGAAAUGACACGGUAGCAUACGAUAUCGCGGAAACCGCGUUGUUGGUGAGCAAUACAAAUACGUUAUUUCCAAACGGUAUACCACGAGAUUUUUCCAUCCUGACCGUAGUGAAACCAAAAGCCGGCUAUCCUACGUCUACACUCUUCGCUAUCUAUAGCGAUAGUGGCGACGAAGAGCUGGUACUCUCAUUGGGACCCAAUAUUAGCUUUUUCUACAGCACAAAUUCAGGCCAUAAGGAUGUGCCAGUUUUCUUCGAUGUUAAUAUCUCCGACGGAGAGUGGCAUCGCUUAGGAGUCAGCGUCAAAGGCGACGCUGUUACGAUAAUUCUUGAUUGUGAUAGACAAAUCACGAGGAAACUGCGAAGAAGCAGCAAGGAUACCAUCAGCGUUAUCAGCUUCCUCAUCAUCGGGCAGCAACUUUUGAACAGCAACAAUUUAUAUCUAGGAAGUCUCGAGAUGCUGAAGAUUGCUCCGAAUCCGGAUGCUGCUUACGAGAUUUGCACCAUGUUUGCGCCAGAUUGUAAACCUCGAUCAAGGAUCGAGAGCAGAUACAACUUUACUUCUUCUCCAAACGAAAAUGAUUACGAGGAAAAUUCGAGUGAAGAUAACGAGAGUUUACACACAUCUUAUGAAGUGGAAACGACAACGACUGCAUACACGACGGAGUUAAACUAUCAAGAGAAUUCCGGGGCACCGACUAUUAAUCCUUACUACGAAGAAUCAUACCAUAAAAAUCGUGGUCCAGCCGGGCCCCGUGGAUUUCCUGGGCCACCGGGUACACCCGGACCUCAGGGCAAAAAGGGCGAAGCCGGCCGAGAUGGAUUGGCCGGGCUACAAGGUGUACCUGGUCCACCAGGUAACGUCUUUGUAAUACCAUUAUUGAAUCAGCAGGAUAAUGAGAAAGGACCAGAUUCUCAAGCAGAAAUGUUGAGGCAAUUACUAUCACAACACAUGCUCGCGAUAAGAGGCAUAGAGGGGCCGAUGGGCUUGACAGGUAUUUCGGGACCUGAAGGACCGCCCGGUUCUCAGGGUGAGAAAGGAGAACCUGGUGAUAUCGGCGAACCCGGGCCUAGAGGAGAAAGAGGAAGUCCCGGGAAUCCUGGCAGAGAAGGCAGAAGGGGUCGUCCUGGAAGAAAUGGUGAGCGCGGUCCCACUGGACUACCAGGGAUGAAAGGCGAAGAAGGACCGAGAGGACUACCAGGUUUACCGGGUGAUAAAGGUGAACGGGGAUUUCCGGGGAUAUCUGGAGAAUCAGGUUUGCCGGGCCAUGAAGGAUUGCAAGGCGAGGAUGGUGCUCCUGGUUUACCAGGCUUACCUGGUGAAUUGGGUCCGAGAGGGUUUAUUGGACCAAGAGGAUUUCCUGGGCCACCAGGUAAUCCCGGUAUUCCCGGAAACGAAGGACCGCCAGGACUUAAAGGUAACGCGGGACCACUAGGUCCACCUGGUGCACCCGGUCUAUUAGGACCCGCAGGCUCAAUAGGAUCACCUGGACCGCAAGGUUUGCUAGGACCAACUGGUUUAGUCGGUCCACAAGGAAAGUCUGGAAUUCCUGGACUCCCAGGUGCUGAUGGGUCUCCUGGUCUUCCGGGUAAUCCUGGAAUCCCUGGGAUGAAGGGCGAGCAAGGUCUACCAGGUCCUCAAGGGUCAAUAGGUUUUCCGGGCGUACGGGGUGUGAAAGGUGAUGAAGGACAACGUGGUCCGCCAGGUGAACGUGGCGAAAAGGGCGAGAGAGGAUUGGAGGGCGAGAAAGGCGAUACUGGAGCAAAAGGAGAACCUGGAGCAACGGGGCCACAAGGAAUUCCAGGUCUCGAAGGAUUGGAAGGACCGAAAGGUCUUGAAGGUCCUCGUGGUGAAACUGGAUCCGCUGGCCCUCCUGGAGACAAAGGAAAGAUAGGAGUACCAGGGUUUCCCGGAUAUCCUGGAAAUCUAGGAGAGAAAGGAGAUAAGGGUGAACCAGGAUCCCAAGGUCCCAGUGGUGAUAAAGGAGACAGGGGAAGUGACGGAUUGCAGGGAGAACGUGGUGAAACUGGACCAAGGGGAUACAGAGGAGUUCGUGGUAGAAGAGGUGCGGAAGGAUUGCCAGGAUCAAAAGGUGACACCGGUCAGCCAGGGCCUCCGGGACCACCGGGAGACGUCGGUAUUCCUGGUAUUGAAGGUUUACCUGGAUAUGUGGGGCUGCCCGGUAUGACAGGCGUCGAUGGAAAAGAUGGCAUACCAGGACCACCGGGCGAACGCGGUCCAAUCGGAGAAUCUGGGCCUCCAGGACCUCCAGGAACUCCCGGUGUCAUCGGUCCUCCAGGACCGCCUGGAGAACCUGGUAAGUCGGGCGAAACUGGAGCACCUGGCAGUCCAGGACUUCUGGGAGAAGUUGGUCCACCAGGCGAGCAAGGGAAGGAAGGAUCUCCGGGUCCUGUAGGUUUAAUGGGACCUGAAGGACCGCAGGGUCCUGGCGGAUUACCAGGAUUUCCGGGUGAAAGAGGAUUCUCGGGUCUGCCGGGAAUGGACGGCACGAAAGGAGAAAUGGGUCCUGUUGGAGUUCCAGGACCGCCUGGUGAUAAAGGUGCUCCCGGUGAUCCUGGUAUGGAUGGAUCGUCAGGUCUGAGAGGAAAACAAGGACGCGAAGGCCCACAAGGUCCACCGGGACUUAAAGGCGAUAGGGGUGAACCUGGACCAAUUGGACCUACAGGUCGUGAUGGUUUGCCAGGACAACGAGGUUUACCGGGUGCACCUGGACCGCUCGGAAAUCCGGGCGAGGACGGCGAUAAAGGAGACGUAGGUCCACCGGGUGAGAAAGGAUUUAAAGGCUCUCAAGGAGAAAUGGGUCCUCCAGGUUUGCAAGGUAUACCAGGACCACGCGGUGAGCCUGGAUUAAUGGGGUCUCCUGGAGAGAAAGGACCGCCAGGCGAGAUAGGAAGACAAGGAACAAAAGGCGAGAAUGGUCCAAUCGGACCAAAUGGAUUGGCUGGGCCUGUGGGAUUGGCAGGUUUACCGGGUUUACCGGGUGUAAAAGGUGAAAUUGGAGAUCCUGGAGCAAUUGGACCCAUAGGUCCACCGGGUCUUCCGGGAGAACAGGGCCGAAGAGGAUCAAGAGGUCCCAUGGGUAUGGAAGGUCCACCAGGUCCAGAAGGUCGUCAAGGUGAAAAAGGAGAAACUGGAACUCCGGGACCACUCGGAAUACCGGGGCUAGAAGGCAUACAGGGAGAAAAAGGUUCUCCGGGCGUGAAAGGAGAGCAAGGCAAAGAAGGACCUUUCGGCUUUCCAGGAUUGGACGGAUUAAUUGGAGUAGAUGGACCGAAAGGUGAUAUUGGUGUGCCUGGUAUGCCCGGUUCACCUGGACAGUCUGGUCCUGUAGGUGCGAAAGGCGAGCCUGGAAAGGACGGUGAGGAGGGACCAGAAGGCAAGCCGGGGAUAUCAGGUGAACCUGGACCUCCUGGCAAGGAAGGAUUAUCGGGUCCUCCCGGAAAACAGGGUCCAGAAGGUCCAGCAGGCCAGCAAGGUAACACAGGUUUGCCAGGAGAGAAAGGAGAUAUAGGUCCGCUUGGAGCGCAAGGACUUCGAGGAUUCACUGGAAUUCCAGGGCUGCCUGGCCUGCCUGGCCUGCGAGGUGAAAGAGGUUCACCAGGAGUGGCUGGGGAACCAGGUCUCACGGGCAAACCGGGCGCUGAUGGAUUACCUGGAACGAUCGGUCCAAUCGGUCCGCAAGGUCCUAAAGGUGACAGGGGUCGCAGAGGUAUCAAAGGACAUCGGGGCGAUCUAGGACACAUCGGAAUCAAGGGUGAUCAAGGAGAAAGAGGCGAGAAAGGCGAGCGUGGGACACCUGGACCAGAAGGGCCCUAUGGAAGUUCUGGAACCGCUGGUCCAAUCGGAUUGAAAGGAAAUAUGGGCAUUAUGGGCUUACCUGGACAACAAGGAUCGCCUGGACCUAAAGGCGAGGCCGGACACGAUGGAAUGAAGGGCGACAUAGGCUCACAGGGCCCACCGGGACCACCUGGUCCAACAAUUUACUUACGACAAUAUAGUUCUGGUGGAAAAUUGCACUCUGUUCCAGAUUCAUCAAGCAGAAAGAAACGCGAUGUCUUAGAAAAUAUAUACGUAGACGACGAGUUAGAUGCGAGUUUCUUACACAUGUACAACUCCAUUUCCGACAUGCGGCAAAAAUUGGACGUAAUACGUAAACCGACUGGUACCAAGGAGAAUCCGGUAAGGACAUGCAGGGAUUUGUUCUAUGGACAGCCUCAAUCUAAAGAUGGUUGGUACUGGAUCGAUCCAAACCUGGGCAUGCCUGACGAUGCCAUUUACGUAUAUUGCAACAUCUCCAACAUGGGUGAGACAUGCAUCUUUCCUGAUAUUCACAGCAGUCACAUGCCGAAUGUUCCAUGGAAGAAGGACAAAAAUAAAAGCGAUUGGUUCUCGCAUUUACGAGGAGGCUUCAGAGUUACUUAUAAAACGGUCGGAGUAGUACAAAUGAACUUCUUACGUUUACUUAGUGACGAAGGCUUUCAGAAUUUCACAUAUACGUGUACGAAUAGCGUUGCCUGGCACAAAAGCGAUGAUUCCGCUUACGAUCAUGAUCUUUCGCUGCGAUUUCUUGGCGAUAACGGCAAUGAAUUCUCGUACAAUGGUACGAGACCACAUGUCCUCGUAGACGGCUGCAGGAACCGAAAGGGCAAGACCAAGACUGUGUUCUUAGUUCGCACCAAGAAACUGCAACAGCUGCCACUAAUCGAUUUUUACCCAAUCGACUACGGAUCACCGGAACAAGGUUUCGGCUUCACGGUUGGUCCGGUUUGCUUUAAAUAAAUCAAGUCGCAAACUGUAUAAAUAUCAGAUUAAUUGAGAUUAUGAUGGACAAUAACUAUUUUUACCAUUUAAUACUUUUUAGAUGUAUUUUUUGAUACGUUGAUAUAUUUUAAUAUUUUCAUAUUUUUCGAUGUGUUUAUAUUUGUAAUAUUUCUUAAUAUUUUUUUCAUAUCUUUCGCAUAUUUUUGAGUUAAUCAUUUUAUCGAUCAAUGUAAUGCAUUAUUAAAAAUCUAUUGAAAAA